UAGCAGCCUGAAUAGAAUCAUCCCCCCACCCACCACUGUAUUUUUCCUUCAUAGGGGCGUACUGUACAGGAUUUUCAGAGGUGGAGAUAUGGAGGGACGUGAGAACAAGGAGCCUGAGCAGCUCAGGAAGUUGUUCAUUGGAGGCCUGAGUUUCGAAACGACAGAGGACAGCCUGCGAGCCCAUUUCGAGCAAUGGGGGAAGCUGACAGAUUGUGUGGUUAUGCGGGACCCAGCCAACAAGCGCUCCAGAGGUUUCGGCUUUGUGACAUACGCCUGCGUAGGAGAGGUUGACGCUGCCAUGAACGCCAGACCUCACAAGGUGGACGGCCGCGUCGUAGAGCCCAAAAGGGCUGUGUCCAGAGAGGAUUCGUCAAAGCCAGGCGCUCACCUGACCGUGAAGAAGAUAUUUGUCGGCGGCAUCAAAGAGGACACAGAGGAGUACCACAUAAGGGAAUACUUCGAGCGCUACGGCAAGAUCGAAAGUAUAGAUGUUAUGGAGGACCGCCCCACCGGCAAGAAGAGAGGAUUCUGUUUCGUUACGUUUGAUGACCAUGACACUGUGGAUAAAAUUGUUGCCCAAAAAUACCACACAAUAAACAGCCACAACUGCGAGGUCCGAAAAGCUCUUCCAAAACAGGAAAUGCAAGCAGCCAACAACCAGAGGAACAGGGGAGGUGGUGGUGGUGGAAAUUUCAUGGGCCGUGGAGGGAACUUUGGCAGUGGGAACUUUGGCCGCGGAGGAGGAGGCGGAGGAGGAGGAGGUGGAUAUGGAGGUGGCCGAGGAGGAUACGGAGGUGAUGGCUACAACGGCUUUGGAGGAGAUGGUCCCAACUACGGCGGUGGCCCAGGCUAUGGCGGUGGCCGAGGAGGCUAUGGUGGUGGUGGCGGAGGUGGACCAGGCUAUGGGAACCAUGGAGGAGGAGGUUUUGGAGGAUAUGACAACUACAAUGAUGGAGGAAACUUUGGAGGAAACUUUGGAGGUGGUGGAGGUGGAAACUACAAUGACUUUGGCAACUAUGGGGGCCAGCAGUCCAGCUACGGACCUAUGAGGGGCAAUAACUUUGGAAGGAACUCAGGCGGACCCUAUGGUGGUGGCUAUGGAGGCUCAGGUGGUGGUGGUGGAGGCGGUGGUGGCGGCUAUGGCUCUCGGCGGUAUUAAUUCUCGCUAGCCAAUGGCUUCAGUUCUUAAGCAGGGGAGGAGGUGUGAGGAGAGCCAGAGGAGUUGUCAGGAAAGCUGCAGGUUACGUUGAGGCAGUCCAGUCCAGUCCAGUCGUCUGAGCGCAGUAGAAGGACUCGACAGGAGCCAGGAUCCAUAGUCAGAAAAGAAACAAAGUUACCGUACUGCAGCUUUAAUUUGGAGACCCUUUUUUGACACGACCCGUGCACCCUAGCUACAAGUGCAAGAGUGUAGCUAGUGACAACAGAAACAGAGUCUACAUUCCUUUCAUCUUCUUUGACACUAGAUUCCCCCCACCCAACACAACACGGAAUGAAUAUCUUUUUUUCCUUUGUGCACCUGAUAAAAUUCCCCCAUGUGAAAUGUGCUAGUGGUUUUAAAAGGAAUUUCAAAACGUCAGAAAAAAAAGAUUUUGAAAAAGUAUUUUGAGUAAUUGUGCCGACGGUUUUUUGAAUUGGUGUCAUAUAUGUUUGUAGUAGACAAAACCAUUCUGUGGCCUUUCCUUUGUUAUUUAAUUACCGAUGAAUAGACUAGAAAGUGUGAGUUUUAAACCCUAUUUUAUUAUUAUUUUAAAGACUUUGUUUUAAGUUGUAACCACUGGUGAUUUUUGCUUGUCAGUGUCAAGUGUAUUUUUGUAUUAUUAAGUGUUGUCUAUCUGGUUGUAUGAAGAGCUAGUGUAUGCAGUUUAGACAUCCAAUAACUGGAGGGCAUGUGUUUUUACACAACUUGUACAAACAGAAUUCUAGAUUGUUAACAUAUUUUGGAAAGUGGAACAUCAGAUAAAAAUAAAGUUGUGUAGUAAAUUC